AUGUUUCCUCGCGAAGAGCCAGUUUUGCAAUUGCGGAGUUUUAUUCUGCUGGCUGCCUCUCUGGGUUUUGUGAUCCGUGAUGCUACGGGUGAUGUUAUUAUGGCUGGUUCUAAUUCGUUAGGGUGCUACACUUCUAUCUUUCAAGUGGAAGCCUGGGGGUUGCUAGAAGCUGUUCGGGGUGCCCAUUCCUUGAAUCUUUCCAAUGUUGUGAUUGAGGGGGAUAACCUUGUAGUCGUUAAUGCGGUCAAUAAGAUUUGGCAGAUUCCUUGGGAAAUUGACAAUAUUAUUUGUGAUGUAGGUUUGGAGCUCUUGAAGUUCAAUUCGGUGUCUAUGAAGCAUUGUUUUCGAGAGGCUAAUCGAGCGGCAGAUUUCAUGGCUCAUCGGGGUCAUGCGGUUUCCUCUUUGUGUUUUAGCUUCCCUCCUUAUGAUAUGGAUUUUUCUCUCCUCAUCCGUAAGGAUGUUUUAGGUUGGCCUCCGGAUUAG